AACACAAAAGGCGCUCGAUGGUUCCAAGGGGGCGAGCUUAGCCUUAGCAUCGAGACAUCCAUCAUUCGUCAAAACGAUUCGUUCGGUUUAGUCUAUGCACGAUUCGAUUGAUGGUUUACUUACAACAACUCACAACCUAUUUAAGGACUACCACAUUGCGAAAUUAGCUUGAAAAAAUCAUGAACGCUCCCGUUAGCACUGCAUUCUUCCUUGCUCAAUGCUAGCUAACUACUCGUUUCUCCCCCCUAUGACUCUCGAGUCCUGACCACUAUUGCAGUAAAUCAUGCCUACCGUGGUGUUAAUGGACGCGUCCCUGUCCAUGACAAGGCCGGUGUCGCUGGACAGCAGCGAAGAGUUCCAGAGGAAGAACUUAGCCGUCCACGGGCUCAAUAUGUUAUUCGAGCACAUGGCCUCCAACUACCGCUUGGAGUUCACCGCACUCGUGGCUUUCUCGUCCCUCUGGGAACUGAAGGUGCCGUUCACAAGGGAUUAUAACGCUUUACAGGACGCCCUGAGCAACCUCGAAGACUAUGACAAGACGUGCGUAGAAUCAGCUCUGAAUGGGGUCAGCAACGUGGUGCAGCAAGAGUGGGGGAGUGCUUGUCCCUGUCAGGUGGUGCUAGUGACCGACGGAUCUCUCGGGAUCGGAAAAGGCUCCCUGCGUCACUCCCUGCAAUCUCUGAGGCACCGCGGGGACGACAAGAAGUUCCCUCUGCCCUUCCCUUUCCCCACUAAAAUGUUCAUCAUGUGUGUUGCAAACACAGAGGAGUUACAGAUGACGGGUGCUUUGGACAAAUGGGAGGAGCUUCUUUGUCUCAGUGGAGGAGACGGACAGGUCUUUACCGUGGAGGGUCCCCUUUGCAUGCAGGGCGUUCAGGCAAUGUUUGGGAGAUUAAUUGACAGGGCCUACUCUCCCUUCCACGCUGUCUUGCAUUGUGGAAACUUGUCCGCAGACGUUCAGGUGUUCCCUCGACCUGAGCCUGUCGUGGUGGAUGAGGAGGUGGAACCUUUAGCUCGAGCUGUCAACCCAAAUCUGGAAAUCGUGGGCUUCAUUGAAAUCGCGGACAUCUCCAGCCCUCCUGUCAUAUCAAGACACUUGGUUCUGCCAAUUGCUGUCAGUAAAGAUGUUGACGACGUCGGCACAGGCGGCGCAGAUGAGCCGGAGGAGGAAGUGUCUGCGAGUCAAAUGGCAGGGAAAAGUCCCAAUUUCUGCGUGCUUCUACAUGGCAGCCUAAAAGUGGAGGGCAUGGUGGCACUUGUCCAAUUGGGGCCCGAGUGGUUCGGCAUGCUGUAUUCGCAAGCAGACAGCAAGAAGAAAUCGAACCUGAUGAUGUCACUCUUUGAACCCGGCACUGAGCCUCUGCCUUGGCUGGGAAAGAUCUCCCAUUUGGGGCCAAUCUCAGAGGCGGCGGAAAAUCCCUACGGAGAGGAUGACAGCAAAAGCCCUUUCCCCGUGCAGCCGCCCGUCAAACGAAGCUACGCGCAGAAUGUCACCGUGUGGAUUAAAGCCAGUGGACUCCAGACUGAUGUGCAAAAGAUUCUGAGGAAUGCAAGAAAGUUGCCUGAUAAAACGCCGACCUUCUACAAGGAGCUGAACCGCCUUCGUAAAGCCGCUUUGGCAUUCGGAUUCUGGGACCUCCUCAAGGGAGUGGCCGAGCUACUGGAGCGGGAGUGCACGCUGCUGCCCGACUCGGCCCACCCCGAUGCCGCUUUCCAACUUUCCCACGCAGCCCAGCAACUCAAACUGGCCAGCACCGGGGAUUCCCAGUACGCUGCUUUUGAGCACAACAUUGUUCCCAUGCACACUGACUUCUCAAGCUGACUUUAUGGGAAAAUGAAAUACGGACAACGGCGUGGACCAAUAGAAAUUUCCAAAACCUUGUAACGGACAAGGGAGGCUCCAAGAACAAUGGUCGCAAACUUUGCUCCUUUGGAAUUUUUUUUUUUAAACUUUCGGUUAGUAAAGUCUUUAUCAAAUCACUAAUUGUUUAAUUUUCCCUGUGGAUAGAAAAUACCCAGAAGUCAAUUAUCUGGCCUAGCAACUGGUCAAGGAUAUUUCGAGGGGGGGGGUGCUCUGCCACUGAAUUAAAGUGCAGAUGACGUAAAAUUGGAAAUCUCAUUUUAUGAUCUUGGCAUUUUUUAACUCAUUCAAAUUCGUCAGGGAUGUUACCAAUUUUAAUUGUAAAUACUUUAAAACAUUUUACAGGGACUUAA